AUGGAAUCGACGUCCCCCCCUUCUCCUCUGCCUAGCGGUUCCAAGGCAUCCCAGCUUCCUCUCCGACGUCGGGUCCUACAGGCCUGCACUAAUUGCCGAGCCCGCAAGACACGAUGCGACGCCUCCAAGCCCAAGUGUAGCUUGUGCACGUCGCAGAACGUUGAGUGCGAGUACAAGGACUCGCAACAGCUACGAAUCGAGCCUAAUACAAGACUUCUUCUAGAGCGCAUCCAGCUCCUAGAGGAUCGCUUGCUAUCGUCGCCCGUAUUCACCUGGCCACAUGGCGAGACCCAAGAUCCCAUGUCAGCCUCUCAACAACGGGCGAGGACAUCGCUCCCGAUACCAGUCCCAGCUCCCCCAAGUGGACAGAACGAGUGGCCCGAGAGAGACAAUGCAGCUGCCAUGGCUAAUGAAGCUGAUCAAUCUGAUACCGUCAGCUCGAGCACUGUUCCUCUAGACGAAAUGGCAUAUCCCUUGUCUCAUACUGCCAAUGCUAACCAUGUCCUCGACUGGCCCAUAGUACAGCAACUCUUCGACACAGCCCAGGCAGGCGAAGGCCCAUCGCUCUUUUCCGGCACUGGCCGAGGCUGUCGAUCAAGUUCCGCCACGGAGAUCUUUUUUGACCCCGAGUCAAAGCCGCGCGACGAACGGCCCGUCGAUUCAUGGAGACUUUUUAGGGACUGCACCCUUGCCGACUUAUGUGACCCCGCAGAGUACCUGGACCUGGUCUCCGCUUACUUUGAUGAGGUCAAUAUUUUCUUCCCAUUGCUCUCGUUCAGUCAUGUCAUCAAGUCCCUGGAGAGCAUCGUCGAGGCGGAGCAUCACGAGGGCGAAUGUCAGCAGUCAGACCUGCCACCAGCCCAGUACUGUCUCUUGUUACUGGUCCUCUGUCUGGGCUCAUUUGCCAAGCGAGGCGGUGCCAACGUGGAGCUUCCAGGCUUCAGGGAGCACACCGCCGCUUCGUCUCUGCGACCGAAUCGCUCACCUUCACACGCCUUAGAUCAACAUUUGUGGAGGAAAGCUAGACUGCUGCUUGGCCACGUCUCUUCACAGAUCACCAUCGAGGCCGCGCAGUGUACCAUGCUAGCAAGUCAAAUGCGUGACCCUGAUCAAAAGGUUUGGCAUCUUCUCAAGCUUCUCAUCCUCCUGAUGCUGUUGCUGAUGGUCUUGUUUGCUCGUCCCAAUAGAGCCUGGAUUGACCCUCAGGAUCUCGAGACCUGCCCCGAAGCCUUUCGUCGUCUCUACUGGGUGGCUUUUAUAUAUGAAGGCGAUUUCAUGUCUGAAGUUUCCAUCACACUUCCUUCUGGCAUCGCCCGUUACGAAGAUUGUAUCCCCUAUCCCGCGCACGCGGAUACGACGAGUCAAGGUCCCCUUUUCCCAGUAACUGGCUCCGACACUCACAUAACUCAUUGCGGAUACAGCAGCGAAGAGUUGGUCGCCUUUCAGAUCAGCACUAACGCUGCCAUCCGCCGGCUCCUUAACAGGGUACAUAGCAUGGUCUACGACAGUAAGGAUCGUUUCCGCAUGACCCGCAUCGGGUAUGUUCAAUGGCUUUUGCGCGUUUCUGAGGAACUCUGGACCUACCUUGACACCAUUUAUCGGAACGUUCCUGAAUUUCUCCUCGUCAGUCAGCCAAUCAUGAAUCAGCCCAUGCCUGUCCCGCCGUGGCAAUCUUCGGCAUUUACAAAACUCAGUGCCUUUUGCAACAACCCAUGGAACGUCUUACGUCUCCAGGGUCGUUAUUGCGCCGCCCAGCACAUUAUCUAUAGACCUUUCAUUGACUACGUACUCCUCAACAUGGAUCAUUUUGAGGCACAUCCUGACCGGGAUACUAUCCUAGAGAAAUGCGGUCUGUGUCUAGAGGGCUGUAAAGGGUUCUUUUCUGUUUUCAACGUUGGGACAGCCAACAGCUUGACUUGUUUAUUCGCAACUGGUAUGGCGUAA